UGUUGCACACGUCACGGGAAUCCACCGGCAUUAUACAUAGAUUUAAGCCAUUUUUAUGGGUAAACAACCCUCUAGAAUAUUUGGUUGCUGGCACCGCACGUAACCCGGAUGAGUCAAGUUCAAUGACGAAGUGGCCACAAAAACUGUCUGCUUAAUUGCGAAAAUUGGCAUCUGUCAGCGGGGCGGAAAAUUGUCACCUCUCUGAUCUCCAGUCACAUUUUUAUAAAUUGGAAAUGCCCGAGUUGGGAGUUGUUAGUUUGAAAGCGAAUCUCCAUCAAAAUGUCACACAAAUCCAGCUGCCUUUCUCUGCUCUUCACGGCAAUCCUGCUAUCGCUUGGAUCUGCCCAGUACUACACACAAUACAACCCUUACUACACAGCUAGUCCCACUUUCGCCAGCUUGAACAACUACUACUACCAGACCACGCCGUAUCCCUACUACUACAGCACGUAUACAACACCGAGUCCCUAUACCAACACACAGAUACGCAUCUGGCCCUAUGUGAUUGGACAGUACCUAUAUCCUACUAACUACAACACCAACUACUACAAUCCCUAUGCCUCUCUGAGCAGUGCCAAUUGGCAGAGUUACUAUGCGAAUGUUUAUGGCUCGAGUGGUAAGAAGUAGUCCUUAGUUUAAGAUAAGAGUUUUUC